GCGUAGUCGGGGACGCAGGCCGAAGGUUUUUGCUAGGAAACCGACUGUUGUUGCCCCGCCCCCUCGGGGCUUUUUGUCCCGUUAACUGUCGGAGUGCGGGGGGCUCCAGCGCCGGGCGACAUGCCGGUGCGCUUCAAGGGGCUGAGUGAAUACCAGAGGAACUUUCUGUGGAAGAAGUCCUACUUGUCAGAAUCCUGUAAUUCCUCAGUGGGGCAAAAGUACCCAUGGGCUGGACUUAGAUCAGAUCAAUUAGGAAUCACUAAAGAGCCAAGUUUUAUUUCAAAAAGAAGAGUCCCUUACCAUGACCCACAGAUUUCAAAAUCUCUUGAGUGGAAUGGAGCUAUCUCGGAGAACAAUGUGGUUGUAUCACCAGAACCUGAAGCCCCAGAAACACCAGAUUCACAAGAGGCAGAACAAAAAGAUGUUAACCAAGAAAGAGAUGUUGCACUAGAAGCCUCCAAGGUUUCCAAGAGAACCAGAUCUCACUCUGCAGACUCCAGAGCUGAAGGGGCUUCAGAUAUUGUGGAAAAUUAUAAGGAUGUAACAACAAACCAUAUACCAGUUAAUGAAAAUGUGGAACUGGGACAUUCUACCAAGCUUCUCUCAGAAAACAUAGAUAGUAGGUUGGAUAGAUUUCUGCAGAAGAAAGCUGGAUUGACUGUUGUUCCUUCACAAAGUGUCUUGAGAAAUUCUGAAUAUCAAAGGCAGUUUGUUUGGAAGACCCCUAAAGAAACUGCUCCAGUGUUUGCAGCCAAUCAGGUUUUCCACAAUAAAAGCAAAUUUGUUCCACAAUUCAAAGGUAACUCAAUAAUCCAUGAAACUGAAUACAAAAGAAAUUUCAAAGGUUUAUCUCCAGUGAAAGAACCAAAAUUAAGAAAUGAUUUGAAAGAAAACGGACAUUUUGAAACAAUAUCGCCUGAAGAAAAGUGUAAUAAAACAGACGAUUCUUUAAAAUUAGAAGCAGAAAUGGAAUCAAAAGACUUAAAUCAGCCUAAAAAGAAGUUCACUCCUUGGAGACAUCAGAGGCUUGGAAAGGUGAAUUCUGAAUACAGAGCAAAAUUUCUGAGCCCCGCCCAGUAUUUAUAUAAAGCUGGGGCAUGGACAUGUGUGAAGGAAAAUAUACCAAGUCAGGGUUCUCUAAAUGCCAUGUGGUAUGCAGAGGUUAAAGAACUCCGAGAGAAGGCCGAAUUUUAUAGGAAACGAGUUCUGGGCACCCAUUUUUCUCGGGACCAUCUGAAUCAGAUUCUGUCUGAUAACAACUGUUGUUGGGAUGUCUCCUCGACCACGAGCUCAGAAGGAACCAUUAGUAGUAACAUAAGAGCACUGGAUCUUGCUGGAGAUCCUACAAGCCAUAAGACUUUGCAGAAAUGUCCUACAAAAUUAGAAGAAAAAAGACCUGUCUUGGAAGAACAGCCUCAGAAAGUUACCACAGAGAAAUUGGGCAUGUCAGAAGCCCCCACCAUACCUGUUAGAAGGCGUCUGGCUUGGGAUGCAGAGAACACCAAUGAAGAUGCACAGAAACAGCCCAGAGAGGAGGAAGAGGAAGAGGAAAGGGAAAGGGACAAGCAGGUUUAUAUGGGAGAGUUAGAGAAGUUGGAAGUACAUGAAAAACCUAAGGCAGAGAAGAUAAAAGAAGGGUCAGAUUCUUCUUCUGUAUCCUCAGGAAAAGGAGGCAGGCUUCCUACUCCGAAGCUGAGACAACUUGGUGGAAUCCAGAGGACUCAUCACGAUCUUACCACUCCAGCUAUUGGUGGUGCUGUUUUAGUGUCUCCAUGUAAAGUGAAGCCUCCAGUCCCGGAACAGAGUAAAAGAGUAUCUUCUCAGGAUGGAUUAGAAACUUCAAAGAAUGAUUUUAGGAAGAAAGAAAGUCAUGCGAAAGCCCUUCUGACUUCUCCAGCUGCUGGUAUAAAAACAGUUGAUCCCCUGCCUUUGAGGGAAGAUUCUGAAAUCAAUAUCCCCAGAUUUGCUGAGGCAACUCUUCCAGUUUCAAAAAUUUUAGAAUAUCCAACAAACACUCCUAGGCAGUCUCCUUCUCCACCCUGUGCUUCGUCCUACUGGCAUCCCUCACGUCGAAUCCAGGGCUCUCUAAGAGAUCCAGAAUUUCAGCAUAAUGUGGGAAAAGCAAGGAAGAAUUUCCAGUUACCUCAGCAUGAAGCCUUUAAUGAUGAAGAUGAGGACAGAUUAUCUGAGAUUUCUGCUCGCUCUGCAGCUUCUAGUCUCCGGGCUUUUCAAACUCUGGCACGAGCUCAGAAAAGGAAGGAUAAUUUCUGGGGCAAAACAUAAUUAAACAUACACCUAGUUGAGUUGCUUUUAUCUAGGGAAUCAGCACAAUUUUUCUUUAUUGCUUUCUUACAUUAAGACUUUUUAAGUGUUUGGAUUUUUUCCCAACAUUUCCUACUUAAGAAGAACUAUUUGAUUUUUCAAUAGCCAAUUCAAUUUACUUGGAAAACUUUAACCCAGGUUUAUACAAAUUUAACUUUUAAAUAAUUCUUUUUACAUCUAUUCCAGAUUCUGAAGACAUAGAUUAUAUAGUUCUUCACAUGUUCUAACUUUUGUUUUAGGUGUUAUGAGAGCUGGUAGAAUUGCGCAUUUUACCUACCCAGAGAAUAUUCUAAAAAGUGAGAAAGUGAAGUAAAAAUUAAGAGCCCAGUGUGAAGUAUAUAUUUCCCUAAGAUUGCUUCUAAUAUCUUUAUUAUUGUAGAUGUCAUAAAAUGAAUUCUUUGUUCUUUUAAAUGUUUCUGUAGUGCUUUUUAUAGUACCUUCUGUAUAUGGUUACAAUGUUAAGAUACAUUAUUUUAGAUUUAAAAUACCAGCUGUAUAUAUUUUUCUUAUUUAUGUAACAAAGUUUGCUGUGAGAAUAUGUAUAUUUUUUAUCUUUGUGUUUAUUCUGUUUGUAUAAGGACUGGCUUACAUUUGAAUAAUGUCUGAAUUUUGAAAAAUUAUUUGUAUAAUGUAAAGUGAAAAUUUUGUAGAUAUUUCAAAAUAAAAAUCAAGUAUUUCAAGUG